AUGGCUUGGUAUAUAACAGACCACGACGACCACCUUGAGGCCGGUGUCAAAGUUGAAGAUUUUUAUGAUAUUGGAAACAGAACAUUCAAGAUAAGUCGGAUCAACGUGCUGUUCAUCGUGUAUUGGAAGAAAAUACACGGGAUUCCAAAGAUUAAUAGUGGUACAUUCAGGGGGAUUGCAUACAAGGUAGAUUUAUUUGAAGAGAUCAAGGAUAUUGAAGAGAUAUUGAUCAAUCGGGCAAUAUACAUGAGUAAUUUUGUUUCUGGGACGGGAGCACUUGGAUUUGUUGCAAACUUCUUUACUGAAGAGAGAAUCCGAACUAAUGUGUUAAUUGACCGUGCUUCAAAAGAAAAGACGCUCAAGAAGGCUAGAGAACUUGUGCAGAUGAAUAUUGGACCCGUUAAAUGUGUUGAAAUGAUGGGAAUUGUAGAGUCGCUGAUGCCAAAGAGAGGUCCCUUUCCGGAAUAUGAUAGAAUUAGAAAAGCAUCAAAGAUGAGUCUAAAAAACUGCGAAUUUGUAAAUGUCUUCAAACAGUGGAUACGUGAAAGCUACGGACAGGUAAGAGAGCGUGGUAACAAUCUUAUUUUAAUUGGAGACAGCCAGAUAGGGAAGAGUGUAAUGCUGAAAUACCUUAAGUUGCCAGAGCUGAGUCGGAAUUUCGAAGAGGUGGUUGAUAUGCAGAAAGCAGACGCAAAUUUCACGUAUUAUCGCCGUGAAUCAAAAUAUCUACUAAGGGUGUUUGAUGACCUCACACUUGGGUCGAUGAAAGCAGAAGCUGUGAAAAACUUGAUGGGGUGUGACUCAUUUGAACUUCGUGUUCUAAGAGACACAAAGACGAUAUAUCCGUGCCCAUUGGUUCUGAUCUUCAAUCCCAAUGCAUUCAAGAAUUUUGUGUACGAUUUUGGGGAUUUGGCAUGGCUUGAAAAGAACUGCAUGGUAUACCCACAAGUAGAUUUUGAAAAACUCAGAAACCCAUCAACUUAUGAUGUACCAUCUUAUAAAGAAUUAUUGUACGAAAAUGUCAAUGGUAAUGAAUUGAUGGACGAAGAUUAUCUCUUUACCAGUGCUCUUGGUUGCACUUCAGAAGAAUUGGAGCAAUCCAUGCAAAGUAACCCGGGGUUUCCAUGUUAUUACAACGUUCAGAAAUGUUUUUCCGAAAGAAAAAAACAGGUUGUCACUCAAGUUCCUAUUCCAAUUAGGCCAGUCCAACAGAUGGAGGAAGUCCACCAGAGCAACGAGAUGGAGGUUGAAGUGCCACCACAAGAAGACAUGGGGUUCAUCCAAACAGGAUACUCCCAGCAAUACAUCUAA